UGGACUGGAUUGGAGGUAUUCGUUGCUCAGCCCUGGUAAUGUAGUAAUAUUCCUUUGCUCCUUCCCCCUUCAACCCUAAUGACUAGGAAAAGACGCAGUGGUGGCCACGGCGGAGGCGGUGGCGGUGGCUUGGAGAGGCUACCAGAUAGCAUAAUCUACGAAAUCCUGGAAAGGGCGGAUUUAGAGACGCUUUGCUCCGCAGCUUGUGUCUCCGACACCAUUCGAUCCUCUGUCUACCGUGUCCUUUCCUCUCUCCCCACUCUCGAUCUCUCUUCGUUUUCUCCAGAUGUGGAGACUCUGGAUUGCAUUCUGAAUCGGUUUGGGGGAGGACUCAGAAGCCUCACCGUUGAUUGCCUACGCCUCCAUGAUUCUUCUUUCGUCACCAAUUUGCUUGGAGAACAAAUCCAGGAAUUGAAUUUGUUCAAGGGUUCAUUCUUAUCGCAUGAAGUUCUUGCUUCCAUUGGACGAACAUGCCCUAAUUUACGGGUACUUGUGCUGGAAUUGGCAGGAGGAGACUCACCAGAGAUGUUCAAGAGGAACCUUACACAUAUGCUUAACAGUUGCUCAUGGUUGGAGUCACUUUGUAUAAAGAUCCGAGGGACAGAACUUGAUGCAAAUGGUUUUCAGUCAAUGAAACUGUCUCUUCCCAAAACUGUCAAAGUUCUAAAAUUGCAGCCACUGCUUAUACAAGAUGCCAUCCAUUUCAUACGUGAACUCAGAGAUGACAACAUUUUUUUGCAGAACUCAACUAGACUCAGCAUCCCUGUCUGUCCAGUGUCUCCUGGUUUCGCUUUGCAGAGUUUAUCACUUGUCUUAGAUAUUAUAUCUGAUGAGCUUGUCAUCUCCAUCACUAAGUCUCUCCCAUUUUUGGUCGAGCUCGAUCUUGAAGACAGACCUAUCGAGCAACCACAGCUGCCCUAUGACUUGACAAAUAGCGGCCUUCAGACCUUGGGGACUUGUCAGCAUUUAACUGGUCUCUCUCUUGUACGAAAUAGACAAAAUCACCCAGUUUCUUUCAAAGCAGUAAAUGAUAUGGGCAUGUUCCUCCUUUCUGUGUGUUGCAGAGGCCUACAAUCAGUGACAUUCGGUGGAUUUUCUAAAAUCAGUGAUGCUGGCUUUGCAGCAAUUCUACAAUCCUGCAAUGACUUGAAAAAAUUCGAAGUUCGCAACGGAUCACUAUUAUCAGACUUAGCAAUUCAUGAUAUGAAAGAGGCCCCCUGUUCCCUUGUUGAUGUGAAGUUGUGGUCUUGCAGUCUUAUAACUAGUGAAAGCAUCGAUGAAUUGGCCUCUUCGAAUGACUUGGAGGUGCUUGACUUGUCUGGCUGCCGGAGCAUUGGAGAUUCAUGCUUUGGUUCCAUUUCAUCCCUUCAUACGCUAACUACGCUAAAUCUAGGUGGCGCUGAUGUUACUGAUGUUGGUCUGGCCGGAAGAGGGAAUUCACCCAUCACACGUUUGUGUCUCAGAAGCUGUAAGAGGAUAACCGACAGGGGGAUUUAUCUUUUAUUGAAUGGUGGAGGGACAAUUAACAAGACAUUGUCAGCCCUAGAUGUGGGAUAUCUUCCGGGAAUAUCCGAUGAGGCUAUUUUCACUAUUGCUAUGGUUGCGCGAAGUGUUACAGAACUGUGUAUUAGGUAUUGCUUUUUUGUGACCGAUGCAUCGUUGAAAGCAUUGGCUUCAGGGAGAAGGUUGGAAGAUGGGGAAAAACUGAUUCGGAGGCUUGAUCUUUUUCGCUGCCAUGGGUUGUCUGUUAAAGCAUUAGGGUUGCUGAAGAAGCCUUUGUUCCGUGGUUUACAGUGGCUUGGUGUUGGGGAUACUCAUUUGACUAGCAAGGGAGAGAAUUUGUUGACUCAGAUUUGCAAGGAACGACCUUGGCUGACUGUGUGUAGGGAUGGAUGUGAAAUGGGAUGUCAUGAUGGAUGGCAAUUUCACAAAUUUGAUUGUCGUUAAUUUUUAUGUACUUUCUUCCCCAAAACCCUUCUUGAUAGGUGUUGACUUGGCGCCAUGGCAAGUGCUAUUCACCUCCAACUUGUAAAAUUGGUUUACUCACAUAAAUCAAUCUGUUGUGUACAUUUACGAACCCCCCCCC